UCCUGUUACGUGUACUGAACAUCCGCAUUACCGCUUUUAGUUUCAAAAACAACUUUAUUAUUGACCAAAUUCGAGCCUGAUUUUCAUGCGACCUUCCAGAUAAAGAUAAUGAGCAUUCUGUGUUCAAGCGAAGAUCAGGGGAAGAACCCUCUGCAGGCUGCAAUAGAUGAGUAUGCAGCUAUAAAAAAACUUAUGGCAGAGGCUUCUGCAAGAAGAAAACUUGAAGCUGCACAGGCAAGCAAGGGCCCUGAAGAUUCAGAAGACGAGGGGGAAUGCACAUCAGAUGCAGGUGACGAGGGAGGGAUGCGUAUAUCAUUACCAGAUUCAGAUGACGAGAUUCAUAUAUCAUUAUUGGAUUCAGAUGAUGAGUCCACUUGGAGACGACGAUUUAGGCACCCAAGAAGCUUAGGCAUGGGCACAAGAACGAGGACAGUCAAACGCUAUAGAAAUCAUGGGUUACAGGCUUCCAAAAAAACUGAAACUGGUUUGGAACAAGAGGAGGAAUGCACAUCAGAUCCAGGUGACGAGGGAGGGAUGCGUAUAUCAUUACCAGAUUCAGAUGACGAGAUUCAUAUAUCGUUACCGGAUUCAGAUGACGAGUCCACUUGGAGACGACGAUUUAGGCACCCAAGAAGCUUAGGCAUGGGCACAAGAACGAGGACAGUCAAACGCUAUAGAAAUCAUGGGUUACAUUCUUCCAAAAAAACUGAAACUGGUUUGAAACAAGAGGAGGGAGCAGAAUCAUCUUCAGGACAAACACCCUCAGAUGAUGCAAAAAUAUUCACACCUGAACUUAUUCAAGAAGAUGACAAGUACAAAGACAAGAAUACAUACAGGUUUGUUUGUCCUCAUGCUGGUCAGUUUCAGUGCAGUUUGACCAGUCUUGUGUUUGUGAUGGAGGGUGAAGGAGAGCUGCUGUAUAGAGUCGUCUCGUGGGAUCCAUGUCUUUUAGAUGGUUUGGGUCAAAUGCAGCCUGCAGGACCCUUAUAUGACGUUAACUGUUUUAAUGGUUCAAUCUCAAAACUGAACCUUCCUCACUGUGAAAUAUUCUCCGAGGGCGACAACAGGGAUGGUUUGGCUGUAGCACAUUUUACUGGUGGGAAUAUGGAAAUAAUUCAGCCAAUUAAAGUGACAGAAAGUCAUGUGAUGAUUGACAUCAGAGUUCUCUCUCUAUUUGGACUCCUCUGGAUGAAGAUAUUUAGUCGCCCUUGCAUUAGUGGACAAGUUUUGCUUUUUCUUCGAACACUACCAGUUGAGGAGGAAGAAGAGGAAGAUAAAAUACUGAAUGUUCACUUGCUUCCAGGGAAUGUUCCUGUGACAGAGGUCCUGCACUCGCACCAGGAUAAAAAAUACAUUGAGACAACUUCAAAAUGUCACUUGUUUUUUGAGCGGGAAUACAGUCUGCGUUGCCAGCCAGAGAACUGUCAAGUGCAACCAAAGAGUGAGAUCUUUGAGCAUAAUAAUUUUGGUCCAAACUACCAUCCCACAUUUGAAGUGUUUUUGAGUGUUCACGUUAAAAAAGUUGGAUUGACUAUUUUAGACAAAGCUGAAGAUUGUAAGGAAGUGUGGAGCAGACCACGAAUAUUACUUAAAGCACCAAGUCAAGGAGUAGAACCUCCAGAGCACAGAAUGAUCUCAGGAAGUGAAUUUGUGGAUGCCCUCAGAGAUAAACUUAUUCAGAGAGUUUCCUCAGUGAUGGCGAUUGCUGACAGCCUGAAGAGCAAACACAUGAUUGCAGAUGAACUAUACAGCGAACUUCAGAAUGCCGAUACAAAUCAGAGUAAAAUGAGAUGCCUGUUUAAAGCUCUGCACUCUGGAGGAGCUUCUGUGAAAGCAGAGUUUUACCGUCUGCUAAAGAAGAACGAACCUCAUCUAGUAGAGGAACUGGAGUCUGGACCCAGCAGAUCCAGGAGACGUCAGUAAUGCUGAGAGUGAGUCAUAAACUACAGCGUCAGGGUAAAUAUACAGGACUGUGUCUAACAAGAGAUCCAGAAGCCUCUCGUUUAGUAUAUGAAGAUGUAAGAGAUGAGCUUCACAAGUUGAUAUAGAAGCUGUUGUUCAUGUUUAUAAUCUAAAGUAGUUUCAUAUGCAUGUUGUCAUUGUCUUCAAAAUCCAAGAAACAAUAAAAUAAUCCUUAAAUCGCUGUAAUUGUCAUGUUUCCUUGUUGAUCCCCACUGUAUGUGUCAAAAUAAUAAGCUAGUUUUACUCCCUAUAUGAGUAUUGUAUUUUUGUAUUAUUAUGUAUUAUGCAAGGGUAAUGGGUUAUAAAAGUGCUUCCACUUGCUUUUAUUUUAUGUACAUGGCCCUUUAAUUCUAAAUGCCCCCCCUCUCUGUUCAUUGGCCGAUGGCAUGUUAUAAACUAGUUCAGGACAGGUCAUUAUUAUUCGCUCCAGCCAAGAGAGUGGUCGUGGUGAGAGAGUGCUCCUGUAAAAUAUACUUUUUGUUUUUAUUAUUCACAAUGUAUCUUUUCUUUGUGCAUACAACUUUAUAAUUGCUAAUAUACACCCAUCAUUGCAGGUCGAAAUGUUAGACUGCUGAAACUGAUCACUGUGUUUUAACUCUGUUUACCAGAAUAAAGUGAUCUGUCCAAGGCGU